UGGCACUGCGCUGUGACGUCAUAAGGCAGCGUCGCUCUCCUGCUUGUGUUGUUAUUCCACUGAUGAAAGGUUUGUCUUUUUAAACAUUUACAGUGUUACAUCAAUGCAAACCGUUGGGACUGUUUAACAGUUUUUACAAACUAUGUAAAGUUAUUUCAUUAAUAUUGAUUGUAGCGCUUUAUAUGCUCGUUGUUUUGAACGAGUAAAGCGCGUCGACAUGAACACAGUAUUGAUGGAGAAAACACAAACUCCGAGUCAAUUUCUUCCCAAAAUGAUUCUCUGUUUCGAUUCAGCGAGCGCUGACAACAUCGUGUAAACACAACGAUAUCAACAAACAAACGCGAUUUGUGUGGAUCUCAGCAGGAGUUUUCUGUGUGUUUGGACUCACUAUUACAAAGAUGACGUUUAUUAAAGAGGAGAGUGAAGACGUGAAGAUUGAAGAAACAUUGAGAGUCAAACAAGAAGAUACUGAGGAACAAACAGACCUCAUGCCGCUGAAAGUGGAGCACAUGGUACCAAGUGAAAAGGAGGCGAAUGAACAAAAGGAGACUCAUCAUGAUUUUAAAACCGGAGAAGAAUCUUUGAGUUGGCCACAGAUUAAAGAGACUUUCUCACAGAAGACUGCUCAUAAAACAGGAACUACAGGCUAUUUUACCCCUUUUCAUUGUGAAAAGAGUUUCGGUGAACAUGGGAACCUUGAAGUUCACACUGAAGGGAAGACUUUUAACUGCCAACAGUGUGGAAAAAGUUUUAAUCAAAAAGGAAACUUUAACAGGCACUUGAAAGUUCACACUGGAGACAAGCCUCACAUCUGCCCUGAGUGUGGAAAGUGUUUCGAAAGUAAAGAAAACCUUAAAGUGCACAUGAGAAUUCACACUGGAGACAAGCCUUACAUCUGUCCUGAGUGUGGAAAGAGUUUCAAUGAACAUGGAAACCUUAAAGUCCACAUGAGAGUUCACACUGGAGGAAAGCCUUUCCCCUGCCAACAGUGUGGAAAAAGUUUUACUCAAAAAGGAAAUCUUUACAGGCACUUGAGAAUUCACUCUGGAGACAAGCCUUUUAACUGCCCGGAGUGUGGAAAGUGUUUUGAUCAUAAUGGAAACCUUAAAGUGCACAUGAGAAUUCACACUGGAGACAAGCCUUUUACUUGCCAACAGUGCGGACUCAGUUUCACUCAUGAAGGAAACCUUAACAGGCACAUAAGAGUUCACACUGGAGACAAGCCUUACACCUGCAAACAGUGUGGAAAGUGUUUUGGUCAACAUGGAAGCCUUAGAGUUCACAUGAGAGUUCACACUGGAGACAAGCCUUACAUCUGUCCUGAGUGUGGAAAGAGUUUUGGUCAACAUGGAAACCUUAAAGGGCACAUGAGAGUUCACACUGGAGAGAGUCCUUUUAUCUGCCAAAUGUGUGGAAUGAGCUUCAUUCAGAAAGGAAACCUUAACAAACACAUAAAAAUUCACACAAGAGAAAAACUUUAUACAUGCACUCAGUGUGGAGAGAGUUUCGAUCUACAAGGAAGGUUUGAAGCCCACAUGAAAGUUCACACUGGAGAGAGUCCCUUCACCUGCCAACAGUGUGGAAAAAGUUUUACUCAAAGAUCAAACCGUAACUGUCACAUGAGAAAAUUACACGGCAUAUUUUCAACACGAUCUUGAUCAACACAAGGAUUAAUUUGAGAGAACUAUUAUAUGUCAUCAGUGUGGAAUGAGUUUCGUCAAACAGGAAUCAUGUAUUAAUUUUAUUUUCUUCCCACUGGUCUCUUUUUCUGCGACUAACUUCUCAGUUGGGAAUUAAUGUAUUCUGAUGAACUUGGAUCAUAGUAUAUAGUUAUAUGGAAACUAAAGUGUUUAACCUGUUUUUCAUCAGUAGUAUUAUUUUAUUUUGUGAACAGGAAAUAUAAUGCAGUAAUUGUAAUUAAUUCGUAAUUAGUUCCAUUUGUGACAACAUAUGCUCUCCACUUCUGUU